GACGUGACCAAAUCCAAUACGAUGGAUAGUUCUCCAAAUCUAGCAGAGAGCUCACGCUGAGACAUUUAAACAUUAAAGCAGAAGCCGAAGAUUCCUGAACAUCUACUAGUGAGAUAGAUAUACACAGACCUCGCUACAUCUGAGAGACGCCAUGAUCUUUGCCUGGGUCGGCCUGGCCCUUAUGGGCACUGCUUUGGUAUCUGGGGCAGAGAGCCAGCAGUGUCCCGGGUACAAAGCAUUCAAUGUCGCGGAGACGAUCAAUUCUGUGACGGCUGAUUUGGUUCUAGCGGGAGAGCCCUGCAACACAUACGGAACGGAUUUGAAGAACCUGAAGCUGUUGGUGGAGUAUGAGAGUGAGGACCGUCUUCAUGUGAUGAUCUAUGAUGCCGAUGAACAGGUCUAUCAAGUCCCCGAAUCCGUAGUCCCUCGUCCCGGCAGCAAGGGGAACCAGUCACGCGAGGCUUCAGCUCUCCAGUUUGGAUACGAGGAGAGUCCGUUCAGCUUCAAGGUCUCGAGAGGAGACGAGGUCUUGUUUGACAGUUCGGCAUCUAGCCUCGUCUUCCAGUCCCAGUAUUUGAACCUUCGCACAUGGCUCCCAGAUGAGCCCAAUCUUUACGGACUCGGAGAGCACAGUGACAGCCUCCGCUUACAAACAAACAAUUACACUCGCACUCUUUGGAGCCGUGAUGCGUACGGUAUUCCCGAUCAUACUAACCUCUACGGUAACCACCCGGUCUACCUGGACCAUCGCGGGGACAAGGGAUGCCAUGGGGUCUUCUUGUUGAAUUCCAACGGGAUGGAUAUCAAAAUCAACCAGACAGAAAAUGGCAGACCCUACCUGGAAUAUAACUUGCUCGGUGGCGUCUUUGAUUUUUACUUCAUGGCCGGUCCCUCGCCCAAGCAAGUCAGCGCGCAGUACGCGCAAGUGGUCGGGCUGCCUGCAAUGAUGAGUUAUUGGACCUUUGGUUUCCACCAAUGUCGAUACGGAUACCGUGAUGUCUUCGAAGUGGCAGAAGUUGUCUACAAUUAUAGCCAGGCUGGCAUUCCAUUGGAAACCAUGUGGACGGAUAUUGACUACAUGGACGGCCGCAGAGUCUUCACCCUCGACCCAGAGAGAUUUCCCCUGCAUAAGAUGCGGGAACUGGUUGAUUACCUCCACAAUCACGACCAGCAUUAUAUCCUCAUGGUAGAUCCGGCUGUGAGCGUUAGUGACAAUGGUGCAUUCGAUAGAGGCAAAGAAAAGGGCGUCUUCCUCAUGCGCGAGAAUGCCACCCUCUAUGAAGGAGCCGUGUGGCCUGGCGUGACGGCUUUCCCUGACUGGUUCAACCCUGCCACCGCAGCCUAUUGGAACGGCGAGUUCGAUAUCUUCUUUAGUCCCAACGACGGAGUCAAUGUGGAUGGCCUGUGGAUAGAUAUGAACGAGGCUUCCAAUUUCUGCCCCUGGCCUUGCUCCGAUCCCGCGGCGUUCGCUGUGGAAGACAAUCUUCCUCCUGCUCCACCUCCAGUGCGGCCAAACCCUCGACCGUUGCCUGGCUUUUCCGGAGACUUCCAGCCAUCACCAUCUGCAUCAUCGAAGCGGCGCUCCGUCCAGGAAGCUCUCAGCAACUCGAAGGGAACCAAGAUCGGGCUGCCCAACCGCAACCUUAUCGACCCGCCCUAUCGCAUUGCCAACGCUGCGGGUUCUCUUAGCAACUUGACCAUCGACACUGACCUGAUCCACGCGGGCGAAGGCUAUGCAGAGUAUGAUACGCACAAUCUUUACGGCACCAUGAUGAGCUCUGCAUCUCGAGAAGCUAUGCUACAACGUCGUCCCGAGGUCAGACCGUUAGUGAUUACUCGCAGCACCUUUGCUGGAGCAGGCGCUCAUGUCGGACACUGGUUCGGUGAUAACCUCAGCCAAUGGGACAAGUAUCGGAUCUCGAUUGCCGAGAUGCUGGGAUUCGCAUCCAUCUUCCAGGUCCCUAUGGUGGGCUCCGAUGUGUGUGGAUUCGGAGGCAACACGACCGAAGAGCUUUGCGCGCGCUGGGCGACUCUCGGGGCGUUCUAUCCCUUUUACCGGAACCACAACAACAUGGACACGAUUUCGCAGGAGUUCUACCGCUGGCCCACAGUGGCUGAAGCGGCGCGCAAAGUCAUCGAUAUCCGAUACCGUCUGCUCGACUACCUGUACACGUCCUUCCACCGGCAGAGUCAGACGGGCGAGCCCUUCCUGCAGCCGCUGUUCUUCCUCUAUCCCACAGACUCGGGCACGUUCAGCAACGAGCUGCAAUUCUUCUACGGCGAUGCAAUCCUAGUCAGCCCCGUGACUGAGGCAGACAGCACCUCUGUCGAAGCCUAUUUCCCAGACGAUAUCUUCUAUGACUGGUACACGGGUCUUGCCCUGCGCGGCAGGGGCGCUAACCAAACCAUCACCAACGUCGGUCUCACGCAGAUCCCUCUACACAUCCGUGGCGGCUCGAUCGUUCCUGUGCGCAGCGAGAGCGCCAAUACCACCGCCGCGGUGCGUCAACGCGGGUUCACGCUGCUCAUCGCCCCUGGGCUCGACGGAACCGCCACGGGCAGCCUGUACAUCGACGACGGCGAUUCAGUCGAGCAAGCAGCCACGCUCGAAGUUCGAUUUAAUUUUAAUAAUGGAACGUUAACCAUGGACGGCUCGUUCGCGUACCGCGCCGGUGUGAAGAUCGAGGCAGUGACACUCCUUGGCCAGGUCUCUGCCCCUCGCUCGCACCUGUCCGAGGGACGUGUGUAUAAUGCAACCAGCCAGAGCAUCACGGUCACCACGGCAUGGGAUCUGAGUGGCCCGGAGAGUUUAACCCUGUUUACUGAACCACAGCAUCGACCAUUGUCGACUAUGCAGGCUCUCUGGUAGUAAAAAGCAAUAACUAGUGUCUAACGCGACCACGCGUCGUGUCUACAUGUAUGUUAGUACUCCUGGAAUGCAAGGGGAGACAAUUUACAUAGGAGGCGAAUAAAUAAUAUCUCUGCCC